AUGGACAAUUUUGAUCACUUAGCCGUUGGACCUUCGAAGACGGUUGAAAUUAUGGCAUCCGUCACCUCGAAUGUGAAGGCCAGCCCGAUUCCCGCCCUGCCACAUAUUGGACGCAAGAGCAAUAUCCUCGUCUCGGAACGGCCGGGCUGCCCCUCCGUCAACGCAGGCCGGUUGCGGCGCAGAAAAGUCCGUCAAGCCAAAACAUUCUCAUUACUAGCGACAGAGGUGCUAUCAUCAAGUAUUUUUGACACUCUGCACUGUGCCAGCCGAGUUGAGGACCUUGACCAUAUCCCAGUCAUUGAUGGGCCCUUGGAAGUUCUUUUGUUUCAAAGAACCGCGACGGGAGCACAAUACUCAAAAAGCCAAGACUCGGGUAUAGUUCAUGGACCCAGCUUUUCUGGCAACGCUGACAGAAAACAUGUUACAAACGAAAUCGGACCGGCUCAGGUUCAGAUAGCGAGGAAAAAAGUGAUCUGCCCCAGCCCUGGAACAGAAGGAACCCCUAUGGGACGCAGACUGAAGAAAGUCAACUCCGGCCCAAGAUGCACCAGUAGAGGGCCAGAGGCUUCUACAAACCUAAUUUACAAGUUACAAGCAGAAUGGCUCACAUGCAUAGAAAGACCAGAGAACAACGGACGUGGCGAUUCACCAAGCCAGAGUCGGCAUCCAUCCAAACUGAAAUUCCGUGAAUCAUCUCAUAUAGGCCAAUGGCAGACCAAGGGUAGUGAUAAAGUGAGCCACGAAAGCAGCCAAGAGGCCGAAGAAGCAAGGUUACGGCUCUCAGUAAAUCGGAUUUUAUUGGAAGUUGCUCUGUUAAAGCAGUUACCUCAUAAUUCCAUCCGUGAUAUUCGACACUCUGAACUGGCGCCGCAUGGCUACGGUACUGCUAUUGCCCUCGAGAUGGCAUCGUCUAGAUCGACCGGACCGCCGACUGUACCGUCAGAGAUGCUAUCUUGGUCUUUCCCUGAACUGACAGAUGUUACGCGAUUAGAAACAGCUAUCAUGCCAUGGUUCACGAGUUGCAAGAUUCCAAAUGGUUCUCUCUCAUGGUUCCUCAUAGAAUUAGCUGUAGAGGAUAUCAGGAGGAUUUGGUACGACAUGUUGCCUUUGCUUGCUGCUGCAUGCCUUAUCUGGGUUGCAAUGAUAAACCACGAUGUCGCUCCUUCUAUGGCUGAGGCGGUACACCCCCGUGUCGAGGCCCAUCUCCAGAUCCCCAGCGCCCUAUCUGUGGAUUUGAUCAUUCUGAACCGGCUGGUAGACAUGAUUGAUGCAUGCCACUUUGGGUUCUUGUCUCUCGAUGACAAUAGGUGCAGAUUGAAAGUUGAUGUUUCUGUGUUUCUCUACUUCAUCGAACCAUGCGGAGCUAGACCGGAGUUGUUAGCUGCAUAUUACAUGGUUCAAAAUGAAUAG